AUGUCUCAUCCUGAUGACUACACAGUAGGCUGGAUAUGCGCUGUGAAUACUGAAUACGUCGCCGCACAGGCUUUUCUCGACGAAGAACAUGAAGCACCACAGCAUGUGUCGUCCAAUGACAAUAACGAUUACACCCUAGGCAAAAUGGGGAGACACAACGUUGUCAUCGCUGUCAUGCCCGACGGAGAAUACGGCACAUCACGCGCUGCCAGUGUUGCGAGCGAUAUGUUGCACAGCUUUCCAAAUAUCAGAAUUGGUCUGAUGGUUGGCAUUGGUGGUGGUGCGCCAAGUCGAAAACACGAUAUCCGUCUGGGCGACAUCGUAGUCAGCGCCCCUCGAGAUGGGAGGAGUGGCGUGCUCCAAUAUGACUUUGGCAAAACCAUUCAAAAUCAAAGUCUCCAGCAAACAGGCGUCUUAAAUCAGCCUCCUGCGGUUCUACGGGCGGCAGUGACCGGACUUAAGGCGCACUACAAGAGAAAAGGCCAUACAUUUAAGGAAGAGAUAAAUAACAUUAUCCAGAAAAUGCCGAGACUGCAGAGAAAAUACAGUCAGCCAGACCCAAGUAGUGACAGGUUAUAUCAGCCCGAAGUCGUACAUCCGGUAGAUGAUGACUCGAGCUGUGUGGUAUCCUGCGGUACUGAUAUAUCAAAGCUGAUAUCGCGAUCCGAACGGACUCAAAACGAAGAUAAUCCGGCAAUCCACUACGGCAAUAUUGCUUCGGGGAACCAGCUAAUGAAGGAUGCUUUAGUCAGAGAUAAGCUUGCUGUGGAAGAGGAUAUCCUGUGCUUUGAAAUGGAAGCGGCAGGGUUAAUGAACCACUUUCCUUGCCUCGUCAUCCGCGGUAUCUGCGACUACUCUGAUUCCCACAAGAACAAAGAGUGGCAGGGCUACGCAGCAAUGGUAGCUGCUGCAUAUGCGAAAGAUCUCCUUUUUCUCUAA